UGUGAGAGACGGAGACGGGGCUCGAGCCUCCGCACCGUGCAGAUUUCACCGGCAGCAAACCGGAAAAAAACACCGAGCGCAGACAGGAUCCGGCUCACGACAGCCCAGCAAACAUCCCGGGAGACCAGCGAGAGAGCAGGCGGAGGGAGCGCGCAGGUGGGCGGGUGGUCACCGGGAGCCCCGCCGGUCUGUCUGCCUGCACACAUCAACAUAAAGCGGGAUGAAGCAGCGGCCAGUGCCGCGCUCUCUCCGCAUCUAAACACCGAGUCACGGAACCGGAGGCGGCUGCACUCCGCUUCAGACGAGCCGUUAUCGAACGGACCUGUGAUUUAUAAUCCGGGCUUCACCCACCGCGCAGCUCCGGGGCUCAGCACCAGCUGUUGGCCUGGUGGUGAUGCUCCAUGCUCCUCACGCUGUCCGAGCUGCACCUGCCAGGCUGAACCCAGGGAUUAACGGACCAGAGCUCACAUCUGGAGACAAAGGAUCAUCUGGAGGACAAAACACCUGGAAGAAUAGCAUCUGGAGGAUUCAUGUAAACAAAGAGAGACAACAUCUGGAGGAUAAACCGAAGACUUCCAGUGACAGUUUGGAUGUGACCAGGCAACGACGUGAGGAUGUGGACCCAUCUCCCUGUCCCGCCGGUCCUGGUCCUGGUCCUGGUCCUGGUGCAGGCCCGCUCUGUGUCGGCAGCGCGCUCUGACAGGAACAUGGUGGUCGAAGAGUCGGUGAGUGCCACGGUGAAUGCCACGGUGCUGGAUGGACGUGGAAACGCCGUCCACAUGAUGAGCAGUGAUGAUGGGAAGUAUGGACAGGACUCCCCCAAAGUGGACACCAGGGGUAUCGUCAUCACACCUGCACCGCAUCAUGGAGUGGUGGACCGGCAGGGAUGUGACCCCAACACUCACUUCCUGGUUCCCCCCCGGAGCAUCUACUGGGUGGCGCUGAUGCAAAGAGGCAACUGCACUUUUAAGGAGAAGAUCCUGAAGGCGGCUGCAUACAACGCCACGGCCGUUCUCAUCUACAACAACUCCACUGAGGACACCGUCAAGAUGGGACACGAAGGUACUGGUGAUAUUGUGGCAGUGAUGAUCACGGAGGCGUAUGGUAAAGAGAUCCUGGCCCACCUAGAGCGGAACAUGACGGUCCUGGUCUCUGUGGUGGUGGGUCAACGUGGGCCCACCAAAAACAUCAACCGAGGGUCACUGGUCUUCGUCUCUAUCUCCUUCAUCAUCCUCAUGAUCAUCUCGUCUGCCUGGCUCAUCUUCUACUUCAUCCAGAAGAUCCGCUACACGAGUGCUCGUGACCGCAGCCAGCAUCGUCUUGGCGAUGCAGCAAAGAAAGCCAUUGGAAAGCUGAAGACAAGGACGGUGAAAAAAGGAGACAAGGAAACGGACUCAAACCAUUGUGCGGUGUGUAUUGAAGUGUACCAGCUGAACGAUGUGGUUCGAAUCUUGCCCUGCAAACAUGUCUUUCAUAAAGUGUGUGUGGACCCCUGGCUGAAGGAACACUGCACCUGUCCCAUGUGCAAACUCAACAUCCUCAAAGCUCUCGGCAUCACGACCAGUCUUCCCUGUGUGGACAGCGUCGUGUUGGAUGUGGAACGUCUAGGUGUCAGCCAGGCAUCCGGCAGCCAGAGGGCACCCCUUAGUGGCAGCAGCCAGCCAUCCAUCAGCCUGGAGCCACUCAGCCCCCCCCACACUGAGGCCACGCCCAGAACACCUGCUGAUAUCACCAUUGCUGUAACCAGCGGCGGUCGCUUCUUCAACAGGAACUCCAUGUCCCCUCGCAGCGUCGUCUGUGAGAUGGAGCUUCCAGACAUACAGGCUUCACUUGACCUCUACGAUGACAACAAGUCCUGAGGCUGGUUGUCAUGGUUACAGUCCUCCAGCAACAACACCAAUCGAGCUGCUGAUAGAUGGAUGACCUUUUAUGGACACAGGAAGCCUUCACAGAGUGUUUCCUGUUGGGGGGAUCUGAUCUUAUCUUAACCAUCAUUUAUUCUAACAGACUUUCUACAGACUGAACAGAUCCGGGUCUGGAUCUGGGUCUUUAUCCUGGUCUGGAUCCCAGUCUCAGACUUGUGAUUCUCAUUUUUUUUUUCCCAGUAGUGUGAAACCAGAAGAAGUUUCAAACUAACAAUCCUGACAGCAGCUGAACCAGAACCAAACCAGAGCACCUGAACCCAGAGUUCCCUCAGUGUUUCUGUGUUCAGUCAUAACUCUGGGAAUUUUAAACCUGACAUCCUGAUUGGUUGACUGAUCAUUGCCAGGUUCCUGCACCCUCUAAAGACCUGGAUCCGGACCAAAACUCCUUGUCUGUAAAUACUGAAUGACCUGGUUAUUCCUCUGUAUCACUGGACAGAACAAGAACCAGAGGAAGUUCUGCACCUGGACCUGGACCGAGAUCCUCUGGAGUAAACAACUUUAACGUUAACUCCCUGUAGCAAAAAUAAAUAAAUACAAAAAAAUCCAGUUUGUCUGUAGAUCAAAGAAACAUUACAUUAAAGGACCAGUCCACCACUUCAGGAACCCUACUCAUGGAACAUGGCAAAAUGAAAUGGGUGUGGCAUCCCUCAGGGAACCAUUCUGGGUCCCCUGACCUUUAGAUUUAAAGAACAAAGCAGCAUUUUCAGAAACCUCACACUCCCCUCUCAGAGAUGGAUAAAGAGAAGGACUUCAGUUUAAUCACACGCCAGCCCAUGAUGUUAGCAUAGCUUAGCACAAAGACUAAGGUGAGGGGAAACUGUUAGCCUACCUUAGCACAGAGUAAAACCAAUGUGGACACUGAACAUCUCUUAGAUGUUACAUUAGGAAGUGUUUGAUACUGUAUAACAAAAAAUUAAGCUAGAACAUAUACUAGAUACAUAUACUGUGUAGUCACAGGUACAGGUAUAUUAGCCAUUUUGAUAAACAGGAAAAGGCCACUGAGAUGCUAACAGAUACUAAUAGUGGUUAACACGUCUCUGUGCAGUAAAGACUGGAGGGGGUCCUGAAGUGAUGGACUACUCCAUUAACAUGUAUUAAAGAGCUUCUGAAUUACUCAGCGUGUUAUAAUAAUAAUCAGCAUAUAAACAGCAUUAUACAAUCUAUAACCUGACUGAUUGAUCAGUAUUAUCUCUGAAGUGACCUGAAGGCGUGCAGGACGCUCAGCUGCCACCUGUCUCUCUGUCCUCGUCUCUGUGUCUCGUAGUGGUUAUGGUGGUGGUGGUGAUGAAGGAGGACGUGUGAUGCUUUCAGUUUACUGUGUCUGUACUGCCUCAGCAUUAAGUGUCAUUAAAGUGUCUUCAACAUGCAAA